AUGUUAAGCAGGAGAGCAUGUAGCGGAUGGAAACGAUUCGUUUUAUGCCUGCCUGUCAUCUUCUUUUUUGUUCAUAUGCUCCCAGCAACAGUGUGUACAAUAUCAACACAAAGAGAAGCGAAGAAAUUUGAUCAUCUAGUUCUUGGACCGGCUUCUGGUGAAGGCCUGCCUGAUCAUCUACAAUGUCAAGGAACCAAGGCUCUUAAUAAGACAUCUAUUAGAACAUUCUCUAAUGAUUCUCAUUCUGAAGAUCUUGUCGUGUUUGUCACUGUGUUUGCGACCUACAAUUCUACGGUUGAUUGGAGAGUCAAUGGCAGACCAGUUGAUUUGGUCACUAUAGGGGACACUUCAUACAACAAAGUCGAGAGGUCAAUGGCUAUUCUGAAUGUAUUUACAAAUUUUAUCCAGGUUACCAUGCCGCAGAGCGACAUUAUCAUAAUUACGGAUCCAGCCUCUGAGCUUCCAGUGCACAGAAAUAAGGUCUUACAUCGCCUUUCUAGAGAUAAGGCUCAAGGAGCAAUAUCAGAGGCAGAGAUAAGGCUCAAGGAGCAAUAUCAGAGGCAGGGGCAAGUCCGCCAUUACAUUUUUACGGACUCGGAUAUUGCAGUAGUAAAUGACCUGGGACAAAUAUUUGAUCACUGUCCUAAUUUCGAUAUGGCUAUCACCUUCCGAAACAACAAAGAGCAACCUCUGAAUUCAGGGUUUAUAGCAGUGAGGGGCACUGCCAAAGGAAUUCUAAGGGCGAAGGUUUUGUUACAGGAAGUACUGAAAGUUUAUAGUUCCAAAUUCAUGAAAGCGUCUCGAAUGCUUGGAGAUCAAUUAGCUCUUUUCUGGGUUGUAAAAUCUCAACCUUCCUUUGAUGUAAGAAGGUUCACUAGAAGAGAGGCUUUCAUAGAUGAAAUUGGUGGUGCCUCGGUGCUUUUCUUACCAUUUUCUAGUUACAAUUGGACACCACCAGAGGGCGCAGGUCAAUUUCAUGGGAUGCCCCUGGAUGUAAAGGUGGUUCAUUUCAAGGGGUCACGAAAACAACUUAUGCUCGAGUCCUGGAAUUUCUUGAAUUCCUCUCCUUCUUCUGACAUCUCAGAAAUGUUAUGUCUUAUCUUAAAGAGUGGAAGAACGAAAUACGAUUUCUAA